UGAAUUAUUGUUCAAUUGAAAAUCGAAUUUCGUUACGACUGGAUACAUAGAGUCUCGGUACCUUCGUUUGUCUAAUUAAAAUUGCGAAUGUUUUCUCUUAAAGUCUGAUCGGCAAUGGCAUUGGACAAGUAUAAAUGUGAAUAUUGUAGACAUAUCGAGGAAAAUGUGUUUAGGUGUACCGACAAUCACUUGGUCUGUGAGAAAUGUGCUAUUGAAUUUAAGAAAUUGUGCAAGUGCAAGAAACUGAUCGUAAAUAAUCAACAGACCAAUCCCAUAAAUCUACUAGUCAAAUACGAAACUAAACCAUGUCCAUACCACGCGUUCGGUUGUACAUUGCAAAUAACUUCUGAUGAAUUGGCGAAUCACAAAACGGAGUGCGAAUUUCGACCGUAUAAAUGUUUGGGCGAAGGGUUUGGUAUUUGGACAUGUGAUUGGACCGGACGGCAAAUAGACCUAGCAUUACAUUUAAAUACCAUCCAUGGCGAGUCGUUAGGUGCCAAUUUUCAAUAUUUCCAGAAAUCGUCUGUCGUGUUCAAUCCAACUGAAUCUUGGCAAACCAUUAACAUAGUUAAUGGGCACGGCAAACAUUUCGUUUACUACAUGUAUAGCGAUUCGACAAAGAAGGUCAUCAAUUUCCUAAUCUAUUUGCUGGGAACGAAAAAGGAUGCUGGACUAUUUUUGAUUGAUUUCGAGAUCAUAUCGAAGUUAUGCACGUUUCAAAAGAUAAAAUUUGUGUCCACUUGCUACAGUGAUUGCGAAAAUAUUCAAAAAUUAAUUGAAACUGAAAAAUGUGCUGUACUCACACACAACACGUUAAAAAAUUUUGUCUGGAACGGUGAGCUGCAUUUCAAAUUUAAAAUUAAACGGAAAGAUGACGAUGAAUUCACCAACAAGAAACUGGACGAUAACAAUAAAAACGUAACUUCUCCGACUAAACCAGUUCCUAAUGUUCCAAUUAGGAAUAAGGGCACAAUGAAGGCUAACACAGUUAAAAAGACAAACACCAUACCAUCAAUCAUACAGCCCGUUCUUAAGUCAUUGGACAUUGAUUCUCCCGUACAAAGUAAUCAGACAACAGCAGCCACACCACCACCAGCAGCAUCGCAACGAACAUCGAUUAAUGCAGGUCCAGACAAAGCUUCAAAAAGUCCAUGUUCUUCGCCGUCUAUAAAUAAGGACGACGACAAAGAAGCGCGUCGGUCCGAUAUGCUUGUAAGAAGCUUGAGUGAAACACCUGGUAUGCCAUCAUUGCCACCCGUUCAACCAUAUAAGAAUAUUGAUGAUAAAAUGUAUCGGAGAAAAUAUCCAGAACAUUGUUUAACUAAACCAGCUUUUAGAAAAUAAAAGUCAACCUAGGCCGGUCACGUCAUUAGUUAACGUUUGCAACGCCACAAAAUAAGAGCACUGGUAUGGCCAAUGUGGUUUUAUUAUAAUAGUAUUUAUGCUAACACAAAUGAAGUAAAGAAUCCGAUAAUAUACUGGUGAUAUACCGCAU